AUGAAACUUCCAAUCAAAUGGCUUGCACCGGAGACUAUCACUACGUUCACUUUUUCACUCAAAACCGACGUCUUCAGCUUCGGAGUUGUAGUGUUCGAGAUUUUCUCAGAUGGCGAAGAACCCUGGACGGGAAAAACAAAUGCUGAAGUUAAAGUUGCUGUAUGUGUCAUUUUGAUUCGAUUCAGUACUGAAGAGCAUUAUGAUUCUGUUACAAACGGUCAGUACGUGCAGUUGCCGCAAUGCUGUCCAGAGCCACUUCGGAUCUUUAUCUCUCAACGUGUUUUUACCACAGAUCCUUCACAACGAGCCAAUAUGUCCGAGGUGCGCUAUUUAUAA